AUGCAGCCGAAUGCAAAGCGAGAAAAGUCGGAUCGUUAUUGUCGAUUCCAUAAGGACAAAGGGCAUACUACAGAGGAAUGUGCACAACUCAAAGCGGCAAUUGAGAGGCUGAUCAAACAGGGCCAUUUAGGCGAAUACAUCGAUAAACCGCGAAAUAAACACCGUGAUGAUCCUCCACGCCGAGAUAAUAAUCGAGACCAACAACAAAGACGAGAAGAUGGGGGUCAUCGACGUGACCUAGAUAACAAUGAUAACCAGCCUACCCGGGGAAUCAUCUCAUUUAUCUCCGGAGGACCGGCGGGGGGCGAUUCACAAAACGCCAGACGCACCCUCGCUCGAUCAACACGCAUGAAUCAAGAACAUGCUUCUCCAUCUGCACGCAUAUAUCAAAUACGAAGACCUGAUCAUAGCAUAGUCUUCAACUCCUCCUACCUCGGAGGUCCAGAUGAAGACCAUGUCGAUGCAUUGGUAGUAACAACAACGGUGGCCAAUUUCUUGGUCAAGAAGAUAUAUAUUAGUGGACGGUGGAAGCUCAGCUGA